CGUGAUGGACAACUGCGUCUGAUACCCUAAGGUCGACUGGACCGAGACGAAUGGACUUAUUUCUCACAUCAUUUACGCAGCGAUCGCGUUCAAAAUGCCUUUUCCGCCGAUAAACCUGCACUCACGGAUAACGUCUCCGAGAAAGGAGCUGUUCAGGAAAAAGAAGAGCAGGGACAAUGUCGCUCCCCUGCAAUCCGCGUUCAGUCAAAGAACAGGGGACGACAAGGCAUCGGAGAAAGAUAAACUGUCCACGUCGUGGCCAUCGAGUCAUUUGAAGCAGCUUGCACAAAGUAAGCCGAGGAGAGUUCCGCCAGAUCCCGAAACGGACAGCAAGCGUUCAUGGCUGAGCGUCCCCAUACCUUUGGCUACCUCAUGCGAAAGCGUCCCGAGAUCCAGUUCUGGAGAGUCCAGCCUUAAACAUUCCUCCAGGACCUCUCUAGCAAAGGGAGAGGGCGAGCAGGAGAUCCACUUCUCCCUCAGCCUGACCCCCGAAGCCAUCCUGGUCAUCCAGAAACGCAAUCUGGAGAAACAGAUGAUGGCCAAACAACAGAAGUGCUGCGCUUCGGCGGACUUGAGACACCGUCGCGUUUUCCCCUCCAAGAGAGCUCAGGGCAGCUCCUCCAAUAAUAAGGGCUCCGGACCUGUUGCCAAACUGGAGGGCUCCAAUGACAUUAGCACCAUUGUGAAGAUCUCCCUCCUCAAUGAUCAGCACAAAUAUGACGAUGUGGAGUACGAGGAGGAGGAUGGAGACGUGGACGAGACUGUCAUGAGGAAGUGUAAAGAGUGGCUCAAAGGGGUGGAAAGUGCUGCUGUUUUUGGCAAAGUCGAUAAACUGUCAUCUUUGCCUCAUCUGAAAAGUUGAUAACAUGGACCAGUCCAUGAUCAGUCCACCAGGAAAGGUCCACUGUGAUGACUUCAGUAGUCCAUGUUCUCUAAGACGGAGCGCAGCGGGAUGAAACGGAACACUGGAGUCUCAAGACGCGUUAAAUUAUUUUAAACUUGACGCGCCGUCUUGCAAAACGCAACGCUUAUGUCGCGCAACGCAAAACAACAGCCAUAUACAUACACCAACAACAAUUAAAAAAAAAAAAAAUCUCUGAACAAUUUUUAACCUGACAUGUCUUAGCGUCUGUCUAACUCAUAUAGCCUACUUAGCGUCUGUCUAACGCAUAUACUUAGACCAUAAAUAAUAGCGCUGACGGAACGCAUUGUGUGAAUGGUCAUUAAAUGAGCGUUCAUAUAAAACUCGUUCUUGUGUUAAAAAAAAAUAGACGGAGCGCAGAAGGAUUGAACAGAACGCGUUUUAAAAGUUUUAUAUAGAAUGGUGUACAGAAAAUGUUGUCACUGAAGUAAGUGUCUUGAGAUAUCUCACCGGUCUCUGUAACAGCACUAGAUUGUGUAAACAGCCAACAAAAAUGUGUCCGCGGUCACAUUCUUUGAUCAGCCAGUCAGAAGACUUCGAUGUGCUUUCUGCCUGUCAAUCAUUUUGCACGUUCUCAUGGUGUAGCAGUUGAAGUCAUAUUCAGAUUCAUAACAGUUGUCGGCUACAGGUGCUAUUUAACUACUUUCUUGUUUUACAAACGUGAGAACACGCAAAUUCUGCUCUUUUGUUUGAGUGACCGUCUCAUGCGCUAUCUUUGGAGGGCGGGUUUUUUGGAAAGAGGGGGCGAGUCUAAUUCAACGGCUCUUUCUCGUGGGGCUAAAAUCGCGUGCAGCACCUUUAAACUAUUUACAUGACAUUAACAGUGAGCGCAACAGUGCACGCCCACUUUUUCAGCCAUCUGGGUUCCGGAAUUAUUUUCCCCGUUCAUUUUCUUAAAUAUACUUUUUAUAAACUACUUAAUUAAAGAGUUCUUAGCCAUGAACCAAACCACCAGCUCCGAGGUGAAUUACAACAUCACCAACAUUGUUGAGGCAAAAAAGUAUUUGAAAAUCAGACAAAAAGACAAAGUUGCAAGGUUGUGUACUUCACGUCUUUCAUGAGGGCACAAACUACGAUCCCAUGAAGCAUUGCGAAUGAUGUAAUUGGAUUUUUUUUGUGUGUGAAAACUAUUGAUUUUAGGUUGCUGAUUAUAAGUAUAGAAACAAUAUAUUUUACGUUUAUUGUCAAAUAUUCCGAUAUGUACAAAUAUUUAAGUAGUUUAAUGGUGAAGGGAGACCGAUUCAUGGGAGUGGGCGGUCGCUCUGAUUCGGUUUUGCAGGUUCAUUGGCUGCGGUUCUCUGACUGCACAUGGAUAAUGUAGUUGUUUUUCAUGAAUUCCGCUAUCAAACAUGAUUUAUAAAUGAUCAAGUUCAAAUUACUCUGAUGGCUGGCUUCAACAGAAGCAUACACCAUCGACAAACAAUCUCGUAGUUUACAAGUUUUUGUUGAAAAUCUAUUUGUCUGUGGGAUAAAUUAAUGAGGUUGAUACUUCCGGAACCAGACUGCUGUGCCCUAAAAUGCGACGCAAGAAAUUGUCCAGUUUAAUGGCCCCAAAUGGUGCGUUCAUAUUGGACGUGGUCUUGGCAUCAAAAACAGCAACAUAAAAGAACGCAUCCUUUACGCAUUGUUCUGCGCUGAUUCUAUACAAACACGUUUUUUAGACGGCAUAUCAAGUUUACAAAAGUGUCCACUUGUUUAAACGCGCCUUGAGACACCUGCGUUCUAGCUUUUUUAGCGGAAGCAAGCCCCUUACUCAGCUUCCUUGGACUGGAAUGUUUUCUUCAUUGAAAAGUUUUGCUGAUGUUCACUCAGAUAAAUUUAGCAGGUUACCUCUAAACUACACUGACUGAAAAAAACAUUGAGUUUUUCGCACAUUGCUAUUUUCUUUCACUCUGAUGGGCUGAAUGACAGAGAUGUUGCUGACAAACUGUUAAAAUCAUAUGGAGAAUUGUUGGGAAAGGAGGAGAAUGUCGAGCAGUAAAAUGCAACCAGUGGCCACAGUCCUUCCUUUGUGCCAGAAAACAAUAGCUGUCGAAGACGAUGCUGUCUGAGAGCCUUAGAAUAGACACUUAUUAUCUGAAACUUUUUCAAAGUUUGUGGGAAAUAUGAACUGGGCGAACUGUUUGAUCGAUUAACCAGCCAUGUACAGUAUUUAUUUAGCAAUGUGGAUGUGUGUUUAUAUGCGGUGUGUUGUACCAAGUAAUUUUUUAAGGGUUCUGAUAAUAAAAUCCUAAAAUGAC